AAUUCUGCUUGAUAAAUAGAUCCGCCCAUAAAGGAAAAACGAUGAGAAAAAGGAGGGAGCUCUGAGUCCAGAUACCUCCCUCAAUUGCCCAGUAAGAAGAAGAAGACUAAGAAUUCUGCCUGAGGUGAAAUAGAUCAUCAUCAUCUGCAAUUCCUAGUCCAUAGGGAAGAUAAAUGUAAAGGAUGGAUUCUCAAACUGAGUCUUCACAGAAAGUUGAUUCAGUUUUGUGUUCAGAGCCAAAACCAGCAGAAUGUGACAUGGAAGCACGGGUGCAAGCAAUGUGGGAGCAAAUGAAUAAAGGGUUAGGUAAAAAGCCUGUCAAACCCGUUUUAAGUAAAAGUAUUAGUUCAACCAUGAAUGCUAAUUCAAAGAAAUUCAAUGAUAAUUGGAUGAAAUAUCUGGGCCUCGCGCCAAAGAAGGCAGGAUGCUCUGGACAAGAUAACCGGCAGAAUGGAGCAAGUGGUUUGCAGGAUGAUACCGGCAAAGAGGACGAGGUUGCUGCUAGGUCAGACCAAAUGAAUAAGGGAGUGUCUAAUAAUAUGUUUUCUAGCCAGUCUUCAGAUAGUACUUCACAAAAUAAGUCUGAUAAUUGGAUGGCUUAUCUGGGUCUGGCAACAAAGAAAUCAGAAAGCUCUGGACCAUAUGCAUCACAAAAGGGAUCUGAUGUUUUGCAAAAUGCUACUAGUGAUGAGGCCAGGAAACUUGCUGCUGCUGCUCUCUCAGCAGUUAAGGAUGCUGCAGCCGCUGCAUCAGGUAGGGGUAAAGUCGAGAUCACAGAGGUUCGAGAUUUUGCUGGUCAGCAAAUUGAAGUUAAGAAGUUUGUUGAUGCAGAGUCGAAGGAGGCUGCUGAAAAGGCCAGAGCUCCUCCACCUUCUGCAGUGGACGCUGUUCUAGAGCAAAUUAAGAAGAAACCUAAGCUCAGCGUGCUUGACAAGACGAAAAAGGAUUGGGGAGAAUUUAAGGAAGAGAAUAAGGGACUAGAAGAGGAGUUAGAUGCUUAUAAGAAAAGCUCAAACCAGUAUCUGGACAAGGUGUCGUUCUUGCAACGAACUGAUUACCGAGAAUUUGAGAGAGAAAGAGAUGCUCGGCUAGCUCUUCAGGCCAGGAGGAGGACAGAUAUGCGAGAGGAUGAUCUCUAAGUUCAUAAUUUCCAGCUUGCUCAGCUAUCAUGAGCUCAUGGAUAUCAGGGGAUUGACCUGGUUUUUUCUUACAAUGUAGUGAAGGGCUUCCUCCUCAUAGUGGACUAUUUGUUGAGGAGCUGUAAUGAAUUGGUUAUGCUGCCAAAGUCCUGUGAUGUAUUGUGAUAACUUUGAAGGAAGAGAGUAGCGUCAACCAAAAGAUUAUGCACUUCUACAAUUUUUCAUCAGAUGGUUUUGCAUGUUAUUUCUGGAGCCAAUAGAAACAGUGGACACGCGAUUAUGGAAAAACAUAAUCUUCUGGUUUUUCCUUUUCAACAUAUAAUGCAUGUUGGAGUUAUCCCAA